AAACCUUGAGAGUGCUUGCAUCUGGAUUCGGGAUUUGGCGUCGACUAUUGCUCUCGUUUCUCGUAGUUUCCUUAGUACUCUGUGUGUCUAAGAGCACUAACUACUGCGUUUUUUUGGCGAGGACCCCAGCGAAUCUUCCUGUAGUGUAUGCGGGAAUGACGUCAUCAUCGUCGGCGUUAGCAAGAGGAGGAGAGAUAGGAGCAGCGAAGCAGUACGGGCCUUUAGAGGCGCCUCUAAAGCCGUACGGGUUGGGCGACACUCACUACGAUGCGCUCUGUGUGCCACGAACCGCGAAUCUGGACGAGAUCCGUCGUAGUUUCCAAGAAGCAGCGCUGCUGCUGCACCCAGACAAGCAGCAGCAGCAGCAGCAGCAGCAGCAGCAGCAUCAACAGGAGCAUCGACAAGAGCACGACGAGCACGACGAUCAGAAGCGACCAUUUCGGGAUGAUCAGGACGAAAAUGAAAGGAUCAACGGUCAGCACGACGACGAACGUAUCCGCGACGAGCGGCAGAGACGGUUUCAAUGCGUGCACGCCGCGUGGAGCGUGCUGCGGGACGGGUCGACUCGCGCCGAAUACGAUCGCGUGUUGCAAGAGUCUGACAAACGGGCGGCAGCACUGGCUCUGGUGCAUCAGGGUAGCUACAGCCGCAGCUACAGUGCCGACUGCUACAGUUCCACUCCUGUAAAUUAUGGCAACAGUUGCACACAUGUCAAUGGUUGCCAACAUGAGGGGGACAGGCAAGGGCACGAGCAAGAGCAAGAUCAAGAUCAAGAUCAAGAGCGCACAGGUAGAGAAGCAGCAGUAGGAGCCACAGCAGCAGGGGAAGGAGGAGGAGGAGGAGGAGGAGGAGGAGGAGGAGGAGGAGGAGGAGGAGGAGGAGGAGGAGGGAGAGGAGGAGAGGGAGGAGGGAGAGCAGGAAGAGGAGCAUCAACCGAGGUAGUUUCAGAGGGAGGGGCAGGAACAGCGGCACGAGCAGCAGGGGAACGCGGCGUUGGUGUGAUGCCGUGUGAUGGGGUAAGCAUAGACGACAUGGCAUGGGAGGAAGAGGAGGAAGGGGAGGAAGGAGGGGAGGAAGGAGGGGAGGAAAGGGAGGAGGAGAAUUCGGGGAGAUGUGAAGGUAGGAAGGGGGGAGCAGGAGGAGAGGAAACUUAUAGGAGAGGUGUAUUUGUGGCUGAGUGUCGCUGUGGGGACGUGUUUGCCCUCGAAUCCGAAGAGGUGGUAAAGGCACUGGGUCUAGAGGGAUCAGGGCUUAGGGGUAGAGACGCAGCGGCAGCGGCAGAGGCAGGGGAAGGUGGGAAAUUGAGAGAGGGGGGUGUGGUUGCAUAUAAACACCUGGAUGGAGGGGAGAUGGGGGAGGGAGGACAGAAGGAGGGGGAUGGGAGAGGAAGUGGGGAGAACGGAGGGGCGGGGGAAAUGGGGAGUGGUCCUUACGGUAGGGCUGUGGAGAUCGUGGUUCCUUGCUGCUCCUGUUCGUUACAUUUGCUUGUGUUUGCACGCUUGAACUCAAAAGCGUUUCAGGUGAUUAUGAGAAGUGGUUAGUUAGCUCAGGACUCAGGGCGUAUUUCUACUUUGUUGCCUUAGGGCGUUUCACUGUGGAGUUCAGCAUAGCAAGAAUGUGGGAGGAAGCCAUUGACUGAGUAGGACGACGAGGUUUAGGAUUCCUUGGAAAAAAGUGUACAUUAAUUGUUAAUAAGAAUGCGUACAUAGU